GCAAAAGCCGCCCACACAUCCAGCUGCAUGCUUACCUCAGCCGUGCAACGGUCCAGAAGUGGAUGCCUUUUACUGGCGGUGAUUGGCGGGGCUGGCUCACCGCAUUUUCUUUUCUGCUUUUAGUUCGAGUUCCCGAUCUGCGUGCACCGCACUGCAUCGCAGGUCUUGUUCUUCUUGCAGGCUUGCAGCUCCCUCUCUCCCCUCUCUCUAUCCAUGAUGAGCUUGCCAAUGGCCCGAUUGGGGAACCCUGGCAAGAAGAGACGCCUUUUCUUCCGCCGCGGAUUGGUUCGUGGAGGAUGGUUGAUGUCUGAUAACCUUGGCGGAGUGGGUGGUUUUGCGUAGGAUUAAACUCUUGGGCCUCUCUUAUCCUCCCCUCCUCGCCUUUUUAUGGUCAAUUCUCCGGACUGUACGGAGUACAUACAUUGACGCUUAAACCAUCAAUCAAGUAUAAGUUAAUCGAGGAGAAACACAAG